CUCACACUUGGAAGUAGUGUUUAGAAACAUCGGCGCUUCAGUGGCUCGACACACUGCAAAAACGUCAGCAUCGAGUGUCUCAUCCCAACGUACUAUUGCAAAAAAUAAAUACAUAAAAAAUAAAGGUACCGCAGAAGGUGUUUCAACCAACAGACUUUUGGCAUUUCAUCAAGCAGAGAUUCCUGUGUGACAGAAAUGGCUAAUCAAGUCAGUUUCAACUUCAGCUAUGACGAUGACUACGAGGAUGAAAUCUGUGAUAAAAGUGAAAUGGUGAUAUUUGGAUCCUUUGCCAUUCCGAUUUUCUCUGUUGUGAUCACACUGAGCCUGACAGGAAACAUUCUUGUCCUCAUAAUCCUGGCUUUGUAUGAAAAUCUUAAAUCUCUGACCAACAUUUUCAUCCUCAACUUGGCCAUCUCUGACCUCGUCUUCACCAUUGGUCUUCCCUUCUGGGCCAUUUACCACGUCCAGGGAUGGGUGUUUUCUGAAAUUCUCUGCAAAGUUGUAACUUUUAUCUUCUUCACUGGGUUCUACAGCAGCAUUCUCUUCCUGACCAUCAUGACCAUCUGCAGAUACCUGGCUGUGGUCCAUCCUCUGUCUGACCUCAGCACACCUAAACACUCCAUCGGGGUGUUUCUGUCUGUCCUGAUUUGGAUUAUCAGCACUGGAGCAGCCAUGCCUUCCCUACUCUUCAGCUCAAUCACCAAGGUCUACCACAAAAAUAAUUACUCACAGGGCUGUGAAUAUAGUCAUCCACUGUGGGAAACUGUUGGUGUCAUCCAACAGAAUGGUUUCUUCCUAGUUGCUUUUGCAGUCGUGACUUUUUGCUUCAUAAUAAUUAUGGAAAGAAUCACAGUGACAAGAUCUCUCACGAGGAACACAGCAGUCAAGUUAGUCUUCUGUAGAGUUGCUGUAUUCUUCAGUGCCUGGGUGCCGUACAAUGUUGUAAUCUUUUUGAGGGUCUUGCCUGCUCAUGUGGUCCCACUAUUAAAUGAAUGUGAAACAAGCAUCCAGCUUGACUAUGCAUUCUAUGCUUGCAGGCUCAUUGCGUUCUCCCACUGUUGCCUGAAUCCCAUCUGUUAUGCAUUUGUUGAUGUGAAAUUUAGGAGUCAUUUAAAGUUAUUGCAGGUUAGAAUGGAAAACCUCAUAUCACGUAGAACAAUGGACUAGCUACUCAGUUGAUUUUCUUGCAUAGGUUAAUUGCCCUGUUAAUUUUUUUCUCUCCCAGUGUGCCUUUAGUAAAAUUUCAUAUCGCGUAUUAAAUUUAUCUCAUUAAAAAACACAUAGGAACUGCUCCAUUUGUAAUAUGUUGCACCCUGCAAUCAAUUUCAAGGCUUUUAUCAUGUGUGUGUCUGUGUCUGUGUGUGUCACACAGUAGGAAGUAAUUAUUUGACCCUGUGUUGUUUUUAUAAUGUGGGUUUUAUUAGUAAACUUAGUC